AUGGCUUUGCAGCCUUAUCAGGACGAGGAGUUAAAUUUCUUCAAGUUCGCGUCUCUUGUGCUGAACGAAUUUCCAAAAGCAUUACGGCAGAAAUUUAAAAGCAUGUGGGACGGCACCUAUGGACAUCGCCCUGGUUUCAAACUCUGGGAUGAUUGCUCUGCUGUGAGAAUUUUGUUCGCUUCUUUGGAGGGAGACAAGAACAAAGUUCCUAUUCACACUUCUUACAAUGAAUGGGACUGCACUGCUCUCUUUCAAGCAACCAUUUACGCGCAGUCGUUCGCUUGCGGCCGCUCUUUCACUCUUAGUGAUUUGUACCUGAAGCCGUUAGCACUACCUCACGAUUCUUUCCAUGCUUCAGUCACGAGCCCAUGUGGUAACGAAGAAGAAACUCUCGCACUUGCGAUUGACCAGCUGCGACUUUUAAGAAAUUCGCUUUGUCACUCAGUUAGAUCUUUGAUGGAUAGAGAAACGUUUGAUGAGAGAAUGAAACAAGCUAAAGACGCGUUCACAGCCCUCGGAGUCGUCACAGACCUCCUUGACGCCGUUGCCAGUUUGGAUGAGUCACAUUUUCCGACCAAUGAAGUUCAUACAUUAAAUAAAAAAAUCAGAAAGGAGUCUCAGACGUGCGUCCAGAUGCUUGAGGAUGUAGUUGCAAAUGUUGAAGAAUGGAAGCGCGACACCGCUACCAAACAAGAUAUCGCCAUAUUGUCACUGAAGAUUGACGAGCUUAAGGCAGCUCAGGAAAUACGUGAGGCUAAUUCAACAGGUGCGCAAAGUAUGCCUACAAAGUUCUGACUAAAGCAACAUUUUGGAAAGAUUAAGGGGAUCCACAUUCCGGAAUGAGCGAAAUUUUCGCUUGUGAAUUCCGGAAUCCUAGGCUUUGGAAUCCGGAGUACAGUUCAAGGUAUCCGGAAUUCGAAUAAUACCGAUUGGAAUCCAGAAUCAAAGUUCCACUGACAGAGAAUCCGGAAUUUAGUACAUGGAAUCCGUUAAGACUGUCUUGGAUUAUCUUAACUGGGGCGAGAUUUAAUUAGUUCUAAAACUAGUUUUUUAAAGUGUUACCUCUGCUUCCCUACCUUCCCAGUAAUUGGGUCCCUGCGUAGCCAAAUACAAAAGUGCAUUGUGGUCACAGGGGUAAAUUUUAAUAGGCAUAUCAUAUAGGGUAAAAACGAAACAUCAUUGUUCCUUGUGAAUUUGUUUUUCCUUUAAACUAAUUCUCUUGUUUGCAGUUUUUCAAUCACAGCUGUCCGUAGCAAUACCAAACCACAAAACCAGUAGUGAAUGCUCUGGCUGAGGCCUUGGAAGCUUCAAAAUGAUUUUAGUGGAAUCAAAUAUUCUGUUAGGUCUUGUGAGAAUGAAUGUAUGUAUAGUUGGCAGGUAAAAUUCAAUAAUGAAAUUAUACAUUAUAUAUUCUGUUGACUCAGUUAAGCAUAAAGUGGUUAUUUUUCUGCUUGGGAAUUCCUUAGAAGUUUCAGGAACAUGAUAUUUUAACAUUUAGUUUGUUACGUGUAAACAAUCAGGACCUUAUACAUAUAGCUCGUUUAAUAAAGGUUGCUUUGGGUAUUGGAAAUUGAGUAAUAGUAUAUGUAAGCUAUUGUUUGGUGGUCACCCAGGGAAAUCAUUGAACAGUUACGACACAUAGAUAUAUUUUUUAGCAACUACUAUAAUUUGCAGUCUGUCCACUUCGAAUUUCAUUGUUUGGUAUACCCAAAUGCCCAAUAGCCAACCUUUAUUGAAUGAGCUAUACACUGUAGCUUCUGGAGAAGCGACAACCACAAGCUACAAAUGACAUCCAGUAUUUUUAUUGAUUACGUUCUAAAACAAAAUUUCCUAAUAAUGUCUUGUCUAUACAGAAAAUAUGCAGUGACUUUGUUAACCUCUGCAUCCUGCAUCCCUGAUGCAUAAAAAUUCCCAAAGAAGCAAAAUAAUAAUAUUCAUGGCAUGCAUUCCAAUGGACACAAAAGAUCAAUAAAAAAUCUGAACAUGUGUAUUUGUAGAAAUAUCCCGUUCAUUUAUUCUGUGGCAGUUAUUAUGGCUGUUGUUGUUGUUUUUUUAUAGACAUAUUUAUCGCAACAUUUGCUCUAAGAGCCUAAAGGGCUCAUCUAGAUAGCUUACACUGUUUACAUUUGAAUAUAUUAAAAAUACAAAUGUACGUCAAGAUCAAACACGCACGCACAAAAAAGUGAAAAAAUAAAUAUAAAAAACACAAAAAAAUGUAUAUAUAUUAUAAAAAAAUACACACACAGCAGCUAACAGAAGAGAUUUGAUAGCGAAAUAAACGACUGGACAAGCUGAAACAACCUAACGUUAAUUUGAAAAUCAGCAGUAAAAAUACCAUUUAAAAGCCAAUCGAUUUUUUCUUAUCUGAGGCACAAUGUCAUAUAUUUCCACGUAAUUGUGCAGCGGAGGUAAACAACUUUUCACACAGAGCAGCAAAACUUGGGCAGUAUAGGAAAUGAUGUUUCGCAUCUUCAAUAGAUGCAUCACAAAGAGCAUAGGCAGGCACAGGGCAGCAAUUUUUCAGAAAAAGGUGAUAACUUAAGGCACUAAAAUUAAGUCUCAAACGAGGGUGAAAAUUGACGCUGAACAAUCCCCGAUAUAAAAAAGAUAGCUGCGGGAUGGAAAAUGCAGGAAUUUUGUUGUUGAAGGAUGCAUAUUUCUUUUAGCCUUUGUUUUGCUUUAAACUAGAAGAACUAUAUUUUAAUUUCAGUGUAACUGCAGUAAUACAAAGUUUUGGAGUCUGUCAAGUCUGCUUAUAACUGUUUGGUCACAUAAAGGCCCAAGCAUUUUCAAUCUCUGGGACUCAUUGGUUCUGGAGUGGGACUCAAUAUUUUUCACAAGAUGAGUCCCAAGACUCACCAUGACUAUUUGUAACCAAAAUCACUGUUUUAUUUCUCUAGUAGCUUUUUAAUUUUUUCUGGUUCCCUCAGUGUCUAUAUUAACAGAGUUUCACAGUUUGAAAAGUCAUAUAAUGUCAAACAGUCAUGCAGACUGCUUGUGAAAGUAGGACAGUGUCAGGAAAAUUAAUGCCAAAACAGUGCAAUGUAUAAGAACUCUGUUAACAGAUUAAAUUUUGUAUUCUAAUCCCUCAAUUAAUGGUGGACGAAAAUUGCCUUUCCUAAUAACAGUACAACUUAAUGAUUGUUGGAUAAAGAAGCUACACGGAAUGUUCUUACAUUUCACUACGUUUUGCCAAUUACAGUACUUGUUAUUAUGAAACUUAGCCUUAGAGAAGAAAUUACCUCAAAGCAACGACGUUUUGUGGCGAAAUUUGCCCAAGGACAUGAAAAACAAAAGCAUGGGCUUACAACAGUGAUACUGACAGCGAAAGAAGAUAUCAUCUUCCCGGAUGAAUUGUUUCACCUGAUGGUAGCUUCCUUUAAAUAUAUUUAAAAAGCUACCUUAAACUUUAGGACUGGCCAACUCAAUAGCUUUGAGAAGGGUCUUUGUUUUCAUGUUGAUUUAUUUGCCUGUUCACACUCCAAGCCAUUUUAUAGGAUAUCCACGAACCAAGGUACCACUGAACUGCUUUCUUGCUACCAUCCAAAUGUAAUUUCAGUUAUCUAUAUCAACAGCUCGUCUUCGACUGCUGAUUGAUUGCAAGGAAUUGAGAGGACUCUGUCCGCAGGAGGGACCUACGGGGGUAGUAGUAACCCAGCCGGGAGACCCAGCAGAGCCCCAGGAAGCGGCAUGUAGCCACACCUCUGACGCAGGGACUAUGGCUGCAGCAGGUCCAAAAGCGAUGGCUGCAGAGGUACAAGCAUCAAAGGAGACCAUAGGAGUGGUCCAGCCAACAGCAGUGGCCACAAAUAAUUUGGCACCAGAAAGUUUUGGAAAUGGAGCGGUUCCCUCUUCACAGCAAAUUUUGAAUGCUAUUGCGUCAAAGUACCUACAGUCAAUUAACCCGUCAACACCAGAUGAGUUUAAUGAUUUUAUUCAGUACACGGAAAAGGUGCGUAAAGUUGUCAUUGUGGAUGUUAAAACUGGAAGUUUGAUAGUCACAGUGGAAUGCAGCUCUCUUAAAAUUAUCGACGAACUCUGGGAAGACUAUCGCAAUGGCCCAGAAAUUCCUUGCGACAGAGGAAAUUCUAGUAGAGUUUGGCCUAGCUGAACUAAAAAUCACAACAACUAUUAACGAAGAGGAAUACAGAGCUUGUCGUGAGCUUUUUUUCAAUCUUCCAAAGAAACCAAAUGCAGUCCCAGGUAAAAAAGCGGAAGCUAAAAGCACUCCUGAUAGGUGAUUCAUUCUUGGGAUUACCCGGCAUGAACAAGCAGCCCUUCAGUCUAAACAGCGUGCGCUCGACAUCAGAGUUAAAAAGUUUGGAGAAGAACACAAAAGCACUGCAGACGGUUACUAGUCUCCGGGGAGAAUGGAACAUAAACUCGGCUACUUUAAUUCAGCCAUUCAGUCUCACCAGCGUGCGUUGUUGUUGGCCAUUCGCAUUAAACUAUCUGGAGAAGAACACGAAAGUACUGCUGACAGUUACUACUCCCUGGGGAUAACACAACUUGAAAAGGAUGACUUAAAACCAGCUCUUAAGUCUCUUCAGUCUGCGCUGACCAUCCGUGUUAAACUGUUUGGAGAAAAACACAAAGCCACUGCUGAAAGCUACUACUCAAUAGGGUUAACACAACAGAAGAUGGGCUCCCUCCGACCAGCCCUUCAGUCCUUCCGGCGUGUACUGGCCAUUAAUAUUAAACUGUUUGGAGAAGAACAAGAAAGCGUGCGCACAGCAGACAUUUAUGUCCAUCUAUGGACAAUACAACAUGAGCUAGGUUACUUUAAGUCAGCUCUUCAUUCUAAAAAACGUGCGUUGGCCAUACGUAUUAGUCUGUGUGGAGAAAAACACAAAAUAACUGCUUACUGUUAUCACUUACUCGGGAUGCCCUGGCCAUCCGCAUUAAAUUGUUUGGAAGAGAACACCAAAGUACUGCUGAAAGUUACUGCUCUCUAGGAAUAACACAACACAAACUAGGUAAAUUCAAAUCAGCCGUCAAGUCUAAACAGCGUGGGCUUGCGGUUCGUCUUAGACUGUUUGGAGAAGAACAUAAAAGCACUGCAGAGAGUUACCACUCUCUUGGAAUAACACAGCAAGAGCUGGGUGACUUAAAGUCAGCUCUUUUGUCUCAUCGGCGAGCUCUGGACAUUUGUUUUAAGCUCUUUGGCGAAAUACACGAAAAUACUGCUGACAGUUAUUACCAACUUGGUAUAAUCCAGCGAAAACUGGGCUUUCUCAGAGCAGCUUUAAAUUGUCAUCAACAUGUGAUCUCCAUUCGUAUUAAACUCUUUGGUGAAAAACACAAAUGCAUUGCUGACAGUUACUACUCACUAGGAAUAGCACGGCGAGGACUGGGUGACUUGAAAUCAGCUCUUCGGUCCAACCAGCGAGCGCUGGCCAUCCGUAUCGAACUCUUUGGAGAAGAGCAUAAAUGCACCGCUGACAGUUACUACUUACUCUGA